GUGAACUCGCCGAAUUAGCAGCAAAACAAUCAGCUGAGUCCUUUCUGCACGUGGAAAGGAGCUUGUCAGUGACUUGAAAACAAAGAUUCUUAGUUCUUAGAACCAAAUUGAAACUCAAGAAAACCAAAAUGAACAAGUUUGUGGUGUUUGCCAGUGUGUGCUGUGUGCUGUUGGCGGGAAAGAUGGUCCUGACGGCGCCCCAGGGGAGCCCGGAUGCGGCCGUGGCGCCACGAUCGGCGGCCCAGGAUGUGCAAACCGUGCGAUACUACAGUGAAAAUAACGGACUUGAUGGAUACAAGUUCACAUACGAGCUGAGCGACGGCCAGAUCCGGUCGGAGGUGGGCACGUACCGGGACACGAAGGACGCCGAGGGUAACAUCGUGAAGACGCUGUUCGUGCAGGGCUCGUACUCGUUCGUGGGUCCGGAUGGCCAGACGUACUGGGUGAACUACACCGCCGACGAGAACGGUUACCACCCGAAGGUCGGAACUGGCCCAACCGGUGGAAUCCAGGCGGGACAGGACGCCCCGAUCGAGGGUGCUGCCGGCAGUGCGUAGGAAGCGCUGGAACCAAGUCAAUUCCUUCCGAGGGACCACAAACAGUCGCAGCAAAGUACUACUUUUAGAUGUUUAAGUGCAAUGUAAAUAUAGUGUGCCUAUCGAAUGGCAGUCCUGUGUUCUCACCCUAGUAGCAAAACUAAUCAAGUGAUGAAUGAUGAGAUUAAAAAUGUGAAAAA